GACAGAGCUCAGGGUGGGCAGAGGUGUGACAGAGUGUGGACACAAACGGGCAGAGAGACUCACUACCUUAUUUUUUUUAUCACAGAGAGAGAAAAAACUAAAUCAAGUUUUGGAGUGCGUAAAACUGGAAAGGUUAUGAUCCAUCUGUUUAGGACAGAGCAGUUUUAAUUGAAGUUAAUUUGGAGAAGUCACUGUGGUGCACGGACUACAAUGCAAAGGAUUUUGGAGCUUUGGCUCACCUCGGUGACACUUUACACUCUGACCCAGGGGGUCUUCGGUGGAUACGGGCUAAGCAUGUUUGCUGCCCAGUCCUCUCCUCCGGACCCGUGCUACGACGAGAACGGGAACCCUCGGAGGUGCAUCCCCGACUUUGUGAACUCAGCCUUCGGCAAGGACGUGCGCGUUUCCAGCACCUGUGGCUCCCCGGCGACAAGAUACUGCGUGGUGGCGGAGAAGGGCGAAGACAGAACGCGGGACUGUCACACGUGCGACGCGGGAGACCCCAAGAAGUCUCACCCGGCAGCGUAUUUAACAGACCUGAACAACCCGCACAACCUCACCUGCUGGCAGUCGGAGAAUUACGCGCAGUACCCCCAGAACGUCACCCUCACCUUGUCGCUGGGAAAGAAGUUUGAGGUCACCUACGUGAGCCUGCAGUUUUGCUCACCCAGACCAGAAUCCAUGGCCAUAUACAAGUCUAUGGACUAUGGUAAGUCCUGGGUUCCCUUCCAGUUCUACUCGACCCAGUGUAAGAAAAUGUACAACCGGCAGAACAAGGCGGUGAUCACCAAGCAGAACGAGCAGGAAGCCAUCUGCACGGACUCCCACACGGACAUGCAUCCUCUCACCGGCGGCCUCAUCGCCUUCAGCACCCUGGACGGAAGACCCUCAGCGCACGACUUCGACAACUCUCCGGUGCUCCAGGACUGGGUGACGGCCACCGACAUUAAGGUGAUCUUCAGCCGGCUGCACACCUUCGGGGACGAGAACGAGGACGACUCGGAGCUGGCCCGAGACUCCUACUACUACGCCGUGUCGGACCUGCAGGUGGGGGGACGGUGCAAGUGCAACGGUCACGCGUCCAAGUGCGUCAAGGACAGAGAAGGUCAUCUGGUGUGCGAGUGCAAGCACAACACGGCGGGACCUGAGUGCGACAGGUGCAAACCUUUCCACUAUGACCGACCCUGGCAGCGCGCCACCGCGAGGGAAGCCAACGAGUGUGUCGCGUGCCACUGCAACCUUCACGCCCGUCGCUGCCGCUUCAACAUGGAGCUGUACAAGCUGUCCGGCCGCAGAAGCGGAGGGGUGUGUCUGAACUGCCGUCACAACACAGCGGGCCGCCACUGCCACUACUGCAAGGAGGGUUUCUACAGAGACAUGACAAAGUCCAUCUCACACCGCAGAGCUUGCAAAGCAUGUGACUGCCAUCCUGUUGGAGCAGCAGGGAAGACAUGUAACCAGACAACAGGUCAAUGUCCCUGCAAGGAUGGAGUGGCAGGAAUCACUUGUAAUCGCUGUGCCAAGGGCUACCAGCAGAGUCGCUCUCCCAUAGCUCCCUGCAUCAAGAUUCCAGUCGCAUCUCCGACAGCAACUUACAGCAGCUACGACGAGACAUCAGAUUGCGACUCCCACUGUAAAGCUUCCAAAGGGAAGAUGAAGAUCACCAUGAAGAAGUACUGCAAAAAAGACUACGCUGUUCAAGUGCACGUGCUAAAAGGGGACAAGACAGGCGAGUGGUGGAAGUUCACCGUCAACAUCAUAUCGGUCUACAAACAAGGGGAGCACCGCAUCCGCCGUGGGGACCAGCUGCUGUGGGUGCGCGCUAAGGACGUGGCCUGCAAAUGCCCCAAGAUCAAACCCGGCAGGAAGUACCUGCUCUUGGGUUCAGACGACGACUCCCCUGGUCAGAGCGGAGUGGUGGCAGACAAGGGAAGCCUGCUCAUCCCUUGGAAGGACCUGUGGGGACGCCGCCUCAGGAAGUUCCAGCAGCGCGACAAGAGGGGGAAGUGCUAGAGAACAGUAGAAGGGGAGAAAGUGUGGGGAGAAGUGGAGGCAAAUCUCCAAAGGGAUGGCUAAAACAAAACUGGAAGAAUAAUACCUAGAAAGGUGAAAAUUUGGAGGGAUGACUGCUGUUGCUCUGAGUUUGGACAAAAGAUUUUUUUUUUUUAUGAGUUUUUGGUAAGGUUUGUGAAGGAGCCCAUUUUAUGGUCAUUCUGUUUCUGUUUGUCUGUUUGGAAUUGCAGAGUUUGCACCGAAUGUUUAUUAUGAGUCACAUACGGAAUAUUCUACCCACCAUGCUAUUAAUUGUCCUAAAUUCCCUUUUCAUCUAUACAGUGGAACCUACGUAUGUCACCAAUCAGCCUAUUUUGAACAAGUCAUCAAGUACCCGUCCAUCGUGCUAUGCUUGUAAAAUAGGAUAUUUACACAGACAUACACACUAUAAACCUUGCAGUCCUACCUACGCUCGGUGUUCCAAGUGUCACUCGCCAGCUCAGGUGAGACGCUUCUUUUCAUUCAUUGGAGAUCAACAGCUGCAAGCAGUCCAGGCAGAAGCGGUAGUAAUUCUACCCUUGAUCAAAUUUACUUAAGAUUUGUCAGAUCAAAACACCCAUCCAUCCAUUUUCUAUUCUGCUUAUCCUCACUAGGGUCGCGGGGGGUAUGUUGGAGCCUAUCCCAGCCGUCACCAGCCAAUCGCAUGGCACAUAUACUGUAGAUAAUCAACACACUCACUUUCACACUUAUGGACAAUUUAGAGUCUCCAAUGAAUUUAACAUGCAUAUUUGUGGAGGAAACCGGAGUACCCGGAGAAAACCCGAUUACAAACAGAGAUUCGAACCCAGAUCUUCCCGAUCUCCUGCCUGCUAACCAUUAGCCGUGUGGCUGCAUCAAAACUAGAUCAGGCUACUGUUGCAGUCGUAAUCUAAAAACUCAACUCUGAACCCCCGAAGUCAUUUCAUGUGCUCCACACAUCCAGAACACAUUUAUUGCAACACACACAAGUAUGAUUCUUAUUUACUGAAUGUCUUAAAUGACUUCUUUUCUCUAAUUAUGUCUACUAUAUUGGGUAAUAUGAGUGUGAAGGUGACUAUGGGGUGUUAUUUCAUGCCUAGGGGGCUCUAAUAAUGUUAAAAACUGUAUUUAGAAGGUUGUAAACAGGUUUUUGAUGCUCUAACUAUGAAAAUAUUUGAUUUAUUAAGGAAUCGUACUUAAUAAAUCAAUAAAUUCACUUAUCACGGUCAGGUCUGGAACCAAUGAAUGCUACAGUAUCAUAUGAAAACAGAAGAAUCCAAAUAAAAAUAUGCACAAAUGGAGGAAGGUUAAAAAAACAUGACGUAGGUUCAAAAAUCCUUUAUUAUUGACCAUUUUCCUUAUGUCUUUGGCCAAAGUCACAAGUAAAUGUGCAAGCAAUGGUAAGUUUUAAAUAUGUCAGCCAAUCCAACAGGCGUCCAAUUAAACAGGUUCCACUGUAUCCCUCUUUGGCCUUUUUAGCGAAUCUCUCUAACUGAACAUUCAUUGAUUCUUCUUUUAAAAAAAUAAAAAAUGCUCUUUUAAGCUGCCACACUCAAGUGAAAUUGUGAAAGUGUUCCUAACUGUGGUCUCGUGUGUCAGUGUUACCUCAGAAAAACACCGCAGACAAACGGCAUAAUGGUCCAUGCGUGGUACCAGUAUUUGCUCACAGUGGUGACCUCUGCAAUGUAAAGUUAACUAUGUGCAUAUGUAGACGCUAGAUAGACGAUGUCACAGCAUCGACCAGAUGUAGACUAGACGAGUCAACCCUGCACUUAUUUUGACUAGCUGACUAUGUUAGAACAUAUGAGAUAUGUUCAUAUUUGUAGUGGCACACAAACAGGUAGUACAUAUCCUAUACGGUGCCAUUUGAUGCAAAAUAUCUGUAUAGUUACAACUUGACUGAUGUGAUAUUAACAACCAUUGGAAAAUGCCACUUGUACAGAUAAUACUCACAUUUUUUUAAGCAUUGCUUUUACUACCGAUAAGUGACCAACAAUUAACUUUUUUUUAAUUACAAGCUCCGCAGUUUUUUGCUUUUGAAACAGUCACUUAGAGAAUGUAUUUUUUUUUUCCAUGGAAGUAAAAACACAUUAAGCUGCUGCUGUAAAGUGGACUUUUAUUUUGAGUUGCCUGAUAACCAUACCUGUCGACCCUCCCGUAUAUUGCCCUUCUUUCCUGGCGCCCAAGCACGCCAGUACAGAACUACAAGUACAACGGCGUAUCGGGGCCACCUUGAAAAAAAAAAAAUCUGAGAUUUCGAGAAUAAAGUCGUGAAUUUACGAAAAAAAAAGUUGUCAAUUUAGGAGAAAAAAAGUCUUACGUUCACGAGAAUAAAAUUAAUAAUAAUAAUAAGGUAACAUUACCUCUGCCCAAGGCCAAAGGUCACAUCAGUCACGCCUUUUCAUAGAUGUCUCAGGCAAUGCCUGAAUGCCAAAUGUCAAAUUACGAGUUUUUUCUCGUAGUAUUAUUGUUUUGUCGUAAAUGUACGGCUUUAUUGUCUCAUGCCUCAGGCAUUGCCUGAGACAGCUAUGAAAAGGGGGGACAAAUGUGACCUUUGGCCUUGGGAAAGUGGAGGGUGCGGGGUAAGGAAGGCGGAAGUGAGAAGGGCUAGACGUGCUAAUCUGUUCGUGCUCGACUGCUCUGUUUUGCUGCCACGUUAUAAAUAAAAGAUUGCCUGAAGCAGCAGGAAAGUUUCCUUCCUUCCUGAAGAGCUAUGCUCUAUUUUCCCUCUGACACGUACGACACGAUGACAUGUAAUAUUAGGACUUUAUUCUUCGAAUAUUACUCCUUUUUUUCUCGUAAAUUUACACGUUUUUUUCUCGUCAAUUUACGACUUUAUUCUCGAAAUCUCCCUUUUUUUUUCAAUGUGGCUCUAAUACCCUAUCGUACAAAACACACAAAAAGACCGUAAUUUUCCCAAAAAUGUCUCUUAUUUUCAAAUGUUGACACAUAUGCUGAUAACAUUAGCUGAUUAUUUUUUUUUAUUCCAAAAACAAUGCUUAGACCACUUAAAUUGUUGACUUUUUACUAUUACUGACACCUAUUGUGAUGAACGUACACAUACAGAUUUGUACUGUACUUCACCUCAAAGCAGCAUAUCCAUUUUUAAUACUUGGUACUUGCUUUUUUUUUUAACUAUUCUUCAGUGUCGUUACCAGGAUAAUGGAUACUAGAACAUAGUGGAGCAUUUUCACGUGUAAACCAAAUUGAGUUUGCACAAAUUCAAAAACAUGCACAGCCGCAUCCAAAUACACUUAGGACCACAUGGGUGCACCUCCAUACUGUAUGUAUUGGACAUUAUGCUUUUGCAGAAAGGUACUCCGACCAUACUUCUGCCCCACCCCCAACUGUUUAAUAUCAGAAUAAUCAUCUGCUUAUGUUUAUACAUUGACUUGUAAAUGUUGUCUAGCAGUGUCCAUUGCAAAACGUUGUGUAAUGUCUUGUAAUACUAAUAUAUUAUGUUUAUCUCAAAGGAAUAUAUUUAAUGACGUGAAACAUUGCAGCUUUGUGGUUCUCUUUUUUUUUUUUUUCUUUUAUACUUUGGUUACUUUUUGCAUUGAAUUAGAGAUGACUGUAAUGAAAAGUAUUAUGUGUUUGCCAGUUGAACAGCCGGAUAGAAGCGAAAAUUAAUUCAUCUGAAAUAAAGUGAUGUAAGGUAUGAAAAAAACAAAAAAUGAUGA